UUAUUAUUAGUUUUAUAACUACUACUGUCAAAAAUGAAAAGAUCAAAAAGAAAUCUCAUGAUAAAAUAGUUAUUGUGAUUUCUCUCAAGAGUAAGAAUAUGUCCUUUAGAAUAGUUAAGCAUGGCACAUCCUCAGCCUUUGAUCAGCGAGAAACAUGUCUAUUUAGUAAACAACAAAAAUAUUAAACCUAAAGCCGUUGGGAAAGCAAUUACAUUAGUAAUACCUAGGUGGUUGUACUGCUAUUUACCUCUUAUAUUUGCUGCUGUUUCAAUAUUUGCCUCAUGGGCCAUAACUACAAGAAGCAAAUACUUACUGGAACAGACUUUGGAAGAAAAAGUAGGUUUACUUGGCUGGAAAGCAGUUGACCUUUUUUUGACUUAUGACAAAGAUGGUGAUCUUCAACUCAGCUUAGAUGAAGCAGCUCAGCUUUUGCUACUGGUCUCUGGACAGGAUAAUGAGACAGAAACUGCAGAUGUACUUCCUGAUGAAGAUUUUGUUACAAUUCAAGCUCGUUUUAUUCCACUAAAUAUUUCUACAAUGACUCGCAAUUGGGAUCCUGUUUUAGGUGUUGCCAAUGAUUCUUUUAGUGGACUUUUUAGUUGGCUGUCUCCUGCAUUUACAGUUAAAGAGUUUGGAGUUUCCAAGUUUUUAGAUUUAUUGCCUCUUGACCUCAAAAAUUUACCUCCACCAGGUACUGUAUACACCAUAACCCCCGUUAAAACUUCAAAUUAUCUGGAACCACAAAUGCCUAGUAACCGUUACUACCCACCACGUGUAAAAGAUCGAGGUCUGUUUGUGCAUCGGUUGCUUUCAAUGUUCCAUCCCCGUCCAUUUUUAAUCAUGCGAUCAGAUCCUCAAGGAAUAGUUGGCUGUGUAAGGGCUUACAAUGAGAAAUUUAUUGAAGUUUUUUUCAGAAUGCAUGUAGAGUUCCAGUUAAAUGAACCACCUCUGCUUCCUUUUUGGUUCACUCCAUCACAGUUCAGCGGUCGACUUCAUGUUGCUAGAGAUUUAUCAAGUGUCAAGUACUUUGAUUUGUAUGUGCCGAACAAUAGAAGGCUGAAUGUUGACAUGGAGUGGUUGACAGACAAAGAUGAUCCAGAGAAUAUGGAAGUAGACAUUGGCUACAUGCCACUGAUGGAGUUGAAGCUAGUCAAUCCUGGCACUGAGGUACAAGCAAAUAAAUUAAGUUUUAAAAAACAAAUUGAUUUUCAAGGCGGUACAGCUUUACCUCCAAUAACUAAGUGGGAUGCUGAAAUAUCUGAAGAAGAAGCAAAUAAAGCUUUAGAAUUAAGGAUGUUCCCAUUUAAGCAAAUAAAAUACUACAACCUGUCAGAAGUGGUUGACCAGGCACUAUCAGAGAAUAAACUUAUGCAUACAAUAUUGCUAUGGGGAGCUCUGGAUGAUCAGAGCUGCUGAGGUUCAGCGCGGACCCUCAGGAGCACUGCUCUUCAGGAUCCGCAGGUUAUGAAUUUGUUAGCAAAGCACUUUGUCAGCUCGUGGUCAUUGAAAGUUGACAUAGAAGCAUAUGCUGCAGAUGUGUCGCUCCCUUAUUCUUCACUAGCUGCAUCUUUUUUAAAGCUGUAUGAAUUUCCUGUAACUAUAAUAAUAGCGCAUAGUAAUGGAUCAAUUGUACACAUGGCUAAUGCCAAUGACUUGCUUGCUGUUGGUUCAAAUAUUGGUGACACUAUUCUUUCAGAUCCCUUUCCUUACAAUUAUCUUCAGUUUCUGAAAGAAGGCAUCAAGCUAGCCGAGAAGAUCUCAUAAAUUGAUUUGAUCCAAGUCUCAAGAAAAGUAAAUUCUAAUUUCAUGCCCACCUUGAAUUAAAUUAAAACAUAAGUAUUGUUUUAUUUUUUUUUAAAAACAAUAUGCAACACAUCCA